UUGAACACAACCACCGCCUCUUAUGAAUAAACUAAUGGAAGUGAGCCUCACUAUAGGCUGUGAUAUAGUUUCCAUUUCUCAAACAAGAAUCGUUCAAUAUUCCUCCGAUCUACAUACCUCGGAGCGUAUUCGAAGAUAAUGCGAAGGUUUCCUCCAAUUUGAUAGCCGGUAACCAAGUAGAAUAUGAGGGUGCAAUGAGUGCUAACGUAACAGAUGAAUUAUGUAAGAUUUGUGACGGACGCAUAGAGUGCGCGCCCACCGCCAUCCUGCUGAUCUCGCUGGUGCACACGCUGUACGGGCACAUCGGGCCCGAGCCGGACUACUUCGGCAAGAACAAGCGCAACCUGCUCAAGCAGGUGGAGGAGGACGGCAAGGCGCCCUACAAGCACUUCACCUACUUCGAUCGGUUCCCCGAGGACCACAGCAAGAGGAAGGGCAGCGCGGACACCGAUGGAGACUAUGACUUCGUCGUGGUGGGCGGCGGGACGGCGGGCUGCGUGCUGGCCAGCAGGCUCUCCGAGAACAGGAAGUGGAAGGUUCUCAUGAUUGAAGCCGGACCAGAGGAACCCAAGAUGGCUCUGAUACCCGGACUGACGAGCGAGUUCAAAGGGUCCAGCGUGGACUGGCAGUACUCAAUGCGACCAAAAAAGGGUUGUAACACGUUACAGGUUCUGUCAGAAUCGAGGUGAACGAGGCUGCGAGGUAGUGCAGGGCAGAGUGCUCGGAGGGACCUCCUCCAUCAACGAUAUGGCGUACAUGAGGGGAAGUCCGGCUGACUACGACGAGUG